AUGAUGCACCGAAAUGGACUUGAAGCUGUCCAGAGAACCCUAGUUGAUAUAAUGAUGGAAAAAAAUGGAGGAAAGGAAUUGUUUGGUAGAAAAACAUUGGUUCUUGGUGGUGAUUUCAGGCAAAUUUUACCGAUAAUGCGUCUGCUGACCGGAGAUACGUCUGUUGAAAAAAGAGAAGAAGUUGAAGAAUUUUCAAAAUGGAUUCUUGAUGUGGGUAAUGGUAAGUUACCAACAAUCAGUUUGGAUGGAUCGAAAGAUACAGAUUGGGUGGAAAUACCUUCAGAUUUACUAAUACGGUGUCAAGAAAAUCACCUUGACACAAUAGUACGAACAAUGUAUCCCGACUUGCUAAUACACAUGCGUGAUAAGAAUUAUCUUGCUGAUCGGAGUAUAUUAGCGCCAACAAAUGAAUGUGUGCACAACAUAAAUUCACACAUCUUAGCAUGUAUACCAGGUGAAGAACAUACAUAUUUGAGUGCUGAUUACAUUGGACCAUAA